CUGACACCUCUGACACAUCUGACACUAAGCAUACAUGAUAUUUAUUAACAACGUCAAUCAAUUAUACAUAUUCAAAAUUACCAGUAACUGAAAAACUCGAAAAUGUCACAAAAACAAGCUGCAUGCGCUCGCAUGUCGCAGUACCCAGGUAGAACAAAAGAGAUAAAAGUUUGGGCCAACGGUGAUCCCAAAUGUUACGUGUUCAAUAUAAACCCUAAGGAGUUUAGGAAUUGGUCUGUGAUUAUGAACCAUCUCACUCAGACAAUGCUACCCACAUUUGGGGCUAUUAAAACAUUGGUGGAGUUAAAAACCAGAAAGAUGAUAAACGAUUUUGAAGGACUGGAUCCUCGAAGAAAAUAUAUAGGCAUUGGAGCCACGUGUAAAUCACUCAGAAUGCCCAUAGGAGGUUAUAAAACUACUGAAGAACUGAACAGGCAGGCACAACUAGACACCAAAACGAGCGCCACAUCAAAAGGCGAAAAAGUCAACGACAGCAAAAAGUUUUUGGCAAAAACCGAGAAAAUGCAAUAUACGGUUAUAUACGUUACCGUGAAUGGCUCUGACGGGGCGCCCCAGAAAGCCGUGUUUAAACGCGACGAGUUAAAACAGUACGACUUAGUACGCAACUAUUUGGCCAAUAUUUUGAAGAUUGAAGGUAUACAGAAUCUGUACACGACGUCAGGUACGAUGUUGACGGACGCUACUGAAUUCAAACAUGGCUCGUUGUAUGUUGCCGCACCGUUUGGUGAACAUUUCCAAAAGAUGGAUUACGUCGGAUUGUUCAAAGAGAAAUACCCUUUUUGUAAAAAAAAUAAGUACUUCAAAGUCGUUGCUUCUCGUCACAGCUAUAUAGCUCUAAAACGGAAAAUGUCUUGCGAGAGAGCCAAGGCUUCAAAGAAAAUUGGUACAUCAUCUCGUCAUUCAGUUCAAUCACAAAUCCCACCGAUGUAUACAUUUAAAUCGAUUGCUAGAGAACGAGACGCCGAUAUUAAGAAUAAGCAGACAAUAGAACGGGAAAAACAUUUACCUUUGUAUAAUCAGAUUAAGAGCAAACAAUCGCAGUUUAUACGUUUCACGAUACGACCUGCUCCUAGACAGCCAGAGAUGCCGAAGCAAUUUAAAAACAACAAUAAAAUACCCAAAUUUAUCAGAAAAAGACUGGCUGAAGAAAAAUUCAAGAUGACCCGUAGGCAUACGUUUUCAGGACCAUCGUCUUCAGUGAUGAAAAAUUAUCUACCACAAUCAUUGAGCAUGCCUACAGAUGCACAAUCUAGGAUUAUGGAAGUGUUCAAGAAGCUCAAUCUCACGUCUGGUGUAGAAAACAUUCUUGCUGGUGGGGAGGCAGCAGACGAAAAAGACUCUUCUGACCAAAAUGUAAUGUACCAAUAUCUUCAAUCUUUGGGUCGGAUAGAAUCGAUUCAGAAUCCAGAGAUGGACGUCUAUUUCAAAAACUUACUCGAAAAGAUCGUCAAAAUGGUUGAAAAGAAAUCAGAACAUAAAUCAGUUAAUGGCAACAAGCAAGAAAAAGAACUGGAACAAGAGAUACCGUUUGAACCAACGGUAGAAAUAUUUGAUUCGUUGCAUCAUAGUGGUGCUAAAAUUUCAAUCGAAAUCAAACAAAUGUCCGAUGAGAACUUAUCUAAUGUUCAACAAAUAGUUAGUGGUAACAAAUUGUUUAAUGUCAAGGUGACCUAUCAACCGUCUGUAGAAGCAGUAAACUUAAUUAAAACAGUUCAAGAUUCAAAAUCAAAAGAAAAUCAAGUUCAACAACAAAAAGCUUCUAGGGAGGCGAUAAUAGUAAAUGAUAAAAUUAAGGAAAAUAAAGUGAGUUCUAAGAAUAGCAGCCAUGUAUCAAGUGACAAAAUUUUUACAGAAAUAGCUACACCUAAUGGUAGUAUCAGAAUUUCUAUGGGAUCUAACUCUAAUACUAGUAACAGAUCGUUUAUUCCAAAAGAACGAAGUUCUGAAUACCAUUCUUCGAAGACUGAUAGCAGCAACUCCAAAGACAAUAUGAUUUCCGAUAAAGGGAGAGUUACUGACCCAAUUUGUGACAUUCUUAGAAAUAAAGAGUCAAUAACUAAUACUUAUACUAUCAAUACAUCGUCUAAAGUCAGAUCUAGAACUAGUAGUACUGCUACAAAUCGGAUACUAUCAGCUUCUAAGACUAGUAAUCGAGCUCAAGGACAAAUGAACGAUCUGUCACAUCAGGAAAUCAAAGCGGAUCAACAGUUAUCUACAGAAUUAAAACCUUAUAUAAACAAUCAGUCUUCAUCAGCUAGAAUAUUCAACUUACAUAAACAAUCAUCUCAUAAAAAUGUAACAAAAGAAGAGAAUGAAAAAACCGAAGAUCCAAUUACCCAAAACAAAUAUUUCAAUGAACAAACUAAUUUAACAGAUUCAAUAAUUAACAAACUUGAUACUAUUAGAACCCAAAUCUCUGACGAAGGAUGUGAACAAAGCUGCCGGCAAGAAAAACACGUAGAAGAAGAUUCUGAUAAAUAUAUUACCAAUAACAAAAAACAAGAAGAUAAAGAUAUCAAAAUACUCUUUGAACAAUCGAUCUGUGAAUCUACUACUCAACAUUUAUAUAGAGACAGUUUUGAACAGACUUCGAUUUCUUCAUCGUCCGGUACUCAGCAAUUAAAUCUUGAAAGAGCCGGAGACAUUUAUGGAUCUAGUAUGCAACAAUUAGAAGAUAAAAUUGGUCAAAUAAAAACGAUAUCUGGACAAAGCGUGCGUCAAUUGGUGGUUAAUAAAGUUAAAUCUAGUACACACCAAGUAGAUGGCGAAAAAAGGACGCCUAGUAUUUCUGGAUCAAGAACACAACAUAUAAGUGACGAAAAAUCCGUUAUGUCUGGAUCUAGUAGGCAAACUCUUGAAAAUAAUGAAAAUAUAAUUAAUUAUAAAUCAAGUACAUCAGAAAAAGUUGUUAAAAAUAAUGAAAAAGUAUCUUUCGAUAAUAUGAUUGCUUCCAAAUCAAGUAAUCCUCAAUCAGCUGUGAAAACCCAAGAAAACUCCAAUAUUUAUAGUUCAAGUAAUUUAUACGGAGAAAGUUUACUAAAUAGAGCAGUUUCUAGGUCAAGUACACAACAGUUGUCGAAUCAAAAUGAAGAAGAAACUAAUAUUUCUAUACCAAGUAUGACAGCUGCAAAAAUGUUUGAAAAUAGAUCGUUUUCUAAAUCAAGUACACAAAAAGUGUCUGCUGAAAAUGGGGAAGAAACUAAUAUAUCUAGAACCGGUAUAUUGGCUGCAAAAAGUUUUCUUAAUAGAUGUAUUUCUAAAGUAACUACAGAACAACCGUUUGCCAAAAGUGUAGAACAAACAAGCAUUGCUAUGUCGAAUAUAGUAGCUGACAAAGAUGUUACAAAUAUUAUAUCAGGAUCAAGUACGCAAAGAUUAAAAGAUGAAAAUAUCAAACAAUCAACUAUUUCUGGAUCAAUUUUAGAAGAUAUGGAUAAUCAGACAGUUUGUCAAUUGAGUACAGAACAUAUGGGUGUUACAUAUAGAAAUUCAAUGAAUAUUUCUAGUUCCAACGUACCUGAAAAUGUCGAAAAUAGAACAACUAGAUCAAGUACACAACGAUUGAGUGUUAAAAGUCAAGAACAAUUAAAUAAUUUAAUAAUUGCUGAAGAUAAAGAUAAUAAAACUAUUAUUAAAUCAAAUAUACGAUUACUGGCUGAGAAAACUGUGGAACAAACAACUAUUUCUAGAUCAAGUAUGUUAGUUGCUGAAAGUGUCGAAACUAUAUCUAAUUCUAUAGGUAAAGGACAAUUAAAUAUAUCCAGAUCAAGUAUUUUAAAUAGAAAAAAUGUAGAACAACAAAUCGCUUCUAGAUCAUCUGUAUUAGAUGCGAUAAAUGUAGAAAUUGAGAAGGAUUCUAGAUCAAGCAUACCAAAAUCUGAAGAACAAACAAAUAUAUGUGACUCAAAUUUACUAGCUACAGAAAAUGUAGAAAAUAGUAGGUUUUCCAGGUCAAGUAUACAACAAACGAACGCUAGAAGUGGAGAACGAACAAACAUUUCAAGAUCAAGUAUAUUAGCCAGAAACAUUAACGAAAAUAGUAUGGUUUCCGAAUCAAGUACACGACAACUGAUAGCAAAAAAUGGAAAGCAAUCAAAUGUUUCUGGAACAAGUAUAUCAAUUGCAGAAACUACUCCUAGAUUAAAUACACAGAAACUAGAUGCAAACAAUGGAGAAGAAACCAGUAUUUCUAGAUCAAGUAUGUUGGCCUCGGAAUGUAUGAAGAAUGCGCAUAUUUCUGGAAUAAGCAUUCGACAACCUGCAGCAAAUAAUCGAGACCAGACAAAUGUUUCUAUAUCAAGCAUUAUAAAUGAAACAAAUGACAACAGGAGCACAAUUUCUGGAUUAACUUUACGCCAAUUGGCUCCAAAAAUUGGAGAACCAGCAUAUUUUUCUAGAACAAGUACACUUACUUCAGACAGUGUCGAAAAUGGAACAAAUUCAAUUCAAACAAAUACGUUUAUGGUAAAUACUCUGCCUGCAGAAAACAUUGAAAAUAAAACUAUUUCUGGGUCAAGUAUAAGACAAUUGUCUCAGAAAAGAUUGGAGCAGACAAAUAUCUCUAAUCCAAGUAUAGUGGCUGCUGAAAAUGUCGAUAUUAUGACACAACAACUUUAUGACGAAAAUAUGGAAAAUAUUUCAAUCGGUAAUAAAUAUACUCUUUGCGAGAACAUAGUUUACCAACUUAUAUCUGGAUCAGGUAUAGUAUCUGCAGAAAAUGUACAGAACAGAAGACUUUCUGGAUCAAGUACACAAGAGUUGACAGCGAAACAAGAUGAACAAUCAACUGAUAUAUCAGGAAUAAAUACAUUAGCUGAGGACGUUGUCAAAAGUAAUGAAAUAACUAAAGCAAGUAUACGAGAAUUGGUAGCAAAAAAUGGAGAUGAAUUAAAUGUUUCUGUAUCAAACAUACUAGCUGAAAAAAAAUCAGAAAACAACACGAUAUCUGGAAUAAGUAUACGAAAUUUGGUUCCAAGGGGCGGCGAACAAUCAUAUUGCUCUAAAUCAAGUAUAUUAAGUAACAAGUCCAAUUAUAGACCCAGUACACAACAAAUUAUUCUCGAAAGUGGAUCAGAAAUACUAGCAGUUGAUAAUGCCGAACAGAGAGUAGUUUCUGGAUCAAUUGCACAACAAUCAGCUGCCAAAAUUAAAGAACAAGUAAAUGUUUCAAGAUCAAGUACAUUAUCUGGAAACAUUGAACAAAAUAGUGCGAUUGCUGGAUCAAAUCGACAAUUUGGGUCAAAUAAUACAGAAGAUUCGAAAGUUUCUGGAUUAAACAUAUUUGCUGCGGAUAAUAGAACUAUCUCUGGAAUAAGUUUACGACAAGUGUCACUUCAAAGUGGAGAAAAACUAAAUAUAUCUAAAUCAAUUAUACUUGCUGGGGACGUACAACAAUUAGCAAAAGAAACAGAUAUAUCUGAGCCAAUUAAACUAGAUGUCGAAAAUAGAACAAUGUCUACAUCAAACAUUCAACAAAUUAUAACAAAUUCUGAAUUAAGUCUACGACAAUUGGCACCAAACAGCGACAAAAAGGCAUAUUUUUCUAGAGCAAGUAUAAUAACUUCAGAAAGUGUCGGAAAUGGUACAAUUUCUGCAACCAGUUUGGCACAGUUGGUCACCAAAAAUGGAGAAAACAUAAAAAGUCCUAGGUCAAGUAUACCUGAUUUGGAAAAUGAGCAUAUGAAUAAUUCUGGAUCAAGUACGCCACAAAUAACUGCCAAAAGUGAAGAAGAGACGAAUAUCUCUGGACUAAGCUCAAUAAUACCUACAGAAAAUAUAGAAAAUAGAACGACUUCUGGAUCAAGCGUACAUAAAUUAUCUUCCAAAAGUAACGAACAAGUAAAUCUGGAAGAUGGAGCCAAUUCCGGAUCAAGUAUAUCACAAUUGGCUCCAAAGAAUGGCGAUCAACCAUAUUUUUCUAACUCAAGUAUAUUAACCACGGAAAGUAUCGGAAAUUGUGUAAAACAAUUAACUGUAAAAAGUAAAGAACAAAUUGAUAUGUCUAGAUCAAAUACAUUAACUAAAGAAAGUAUCCAAAAUAGUACAAGUACACAAUUAUCUUCAAAAAUUGGAUCAAGUAUAUUGGAAAAUAGCUACAAUAGGGCUGUAUCUGGAACAAGUAUAAGACAAUUAGCUUCUGAAAUAGAAGAACAAAUAAAUUAUUCUGAAUCAAAAAUAUUUUCUACAGGAAGCGUCACAAAUAGGUACAUUUCUGAUUCAAAUAUGUUCGUUGAAGAAAAUGAAAAAAAUGAUGACACGAUUUCUAGAUCAAUCAGAUGUGAACAACUAAAUGUUUGUGGCUCAAGUAUACUGAAUAUGAAUAGUGUAGUAAAUAAAACAAUUUCUGAAAAUAGUAGGCAACAAUUAAGUGUACAAAGUUAUGAUCAUAAAAACUAUUCUGGAUCAAGUAUGUUAACUGCAGAAAGUGUACAAGAUAAAAGGAGUUCUUCUGGAUCAAGUGUUAAAAAUGUGUCUAUCAAAAGUGGAGAACAAUUAAGUAGUACUAAAUUGACUGUGGAAAGUAUUAAAAAUGAGUCCAAAAGUGAACAACUAAAUAUUUGUGGCUCAAGUAUACUGGAUAUGAAUAGUGUAGUAAAUAAAACAAUUUCUGAAAAUAGUAGGCAACAAUUAAGUGUACGAAGUUACGAUCAUAAAAACUAUUCUGGAUCAAAUAUGUUAACUGCAGAAAGUGUCCAAAAUAAAAGGAGUUCUUCUGGAUCAAGUAUACAAAAUUUGUCUAGCAAAAGUGGAGAACAAUUAAGUAAUACUAAAUCGAUUGUGGAAAGUACUAAAAAUGAGUCCAGAAGUGAACAACUAAAUAUUUGUGCCUCAAGUAUACCGGAUAUAAAUAGUGUAAUAAACAUAACAAUUUCUGAAAAUAGUAGGCAACAAUUAAGUGUACAAAGUUACGAUCAUAAAAACUAUUCUGGAUCAAGUAUAAUAACUGCAGAAAGUGUCCAAGAUAAAAGGUGUUCUUCUGGAUCAAGUAUACAAAAUUUGUCUGUCAAAAGUGGAGAACAAUUAAGUAGUACUAAAUCGACUGCGGAAAGUAUCAAAAAUGAGUCAAGUAUACGAAAAUUGACUGUGAAAAGUGAAGACCAAACAAAUAUUUGUGGAUCAAGUUUAACAGAUAUUUCUACGCAACAAUUUAAUGUUAGGAAUGGAGAUCAAACAAACAUAUCCUGGUCAAGUAUAUUAAAUAAAGAAAGUGGUCAGAACCAAACUAGUUCUGGAUCAAGUAUACAAAAUUUUUGUUAUAAAAGUGAAGAACAAAUUAACAGUUUUAGAUCAAGUCAAGUAACUGUGGAGAAUACCGAAAAUAGUACACUUUCUAGACCAAGUUUACAAACAUUGUCACCUGCGGAAAAUGUGGAAAAUAGAAAACUUUCUGGACCAAGUAUAAGGGGUCAAAAAACAGAUUUAUCAAAAUCAAGUAUAUUCACAUCAGAAAGUGUCGAAAAUAUAACAAUUUCUGGAUCAACUAUGCAACAAUUUGUAGUUAAAACUGGAGAUCAAAUAAUUAUUCCUAAAUUAUGUGUACUACAUGUGGAAAGCACCGAAAAUAAUACAAAUUCUGGAGUAUUUAUUAAAUUGGCUACUAAAAGUGCAGAACCAACAACAACUUCUAUAUCCAGUACUGAACAAAGAUUGAGCCCUCAAUCGAGUGUACAAUUAUCUGAGAAAAGCUUAGAAGACACAAAUAUAUCUAAUCCUAGUAUACAGUUGGCUGAAAAUAUUAAUAGUAUGUCUAGUCCUGGAUCAAACAUGGAUAACGUCAGUAACAAAGACACUGUUUGCCAAAAUAUAGUCUAUGAACUAAUAUCUGAUAAUAAUCUAUUUCAUAAAUGCACCUAUAAUGAAGAAAUUGCAGAAAUAAUAAAAAACGAAGAUAACAUUAUCAAUGAAGAAGAAAGUGGAUCUAUAGAAAAAAAGAUAAUUGAUCAACAAAUGCACUACAAAGAAACCAUACAUAAAUUACUUAGUGAUGAACAAAACGUUAAUGAUCGACAAGACACUAUCACAUACAACCAAUUAAAUAAAUCAAAUAUACUUUUCAAAGGUAUAUCAACCUUUGAAGAUAAAUCACUCAUCGAUCAAAGAGUAAUCGACGAAGAUGACGAAGAAAUUUUUAACAAACUAUCUAAGGAAAAAGAUUUUGGUAACGAUGAAAUUUCUUAUAAUAAAUUAACGGAAGACGGUGAACAGAUACCAUUUUUACAAGCUUCCAAUUCACCAUCUUCAACAACAACUGUUGAACAAAUGCUGAUGUUGAACGAAUGUACGAUUGAUUUGUUGGAGAGAAACGAAGAACUAGCAGCAAAUGAAAAAAAGUCUAACAGAGAAAAUGCUUUCGAUAUUCCCGGGGAACCAGUAAACUGAUCAAAUCGUUUAAAAUAAGAGAAGGUUUGAUUAAACCACCUGUUGGUUACAGAAUUCGAUAUAUUAAGUCUUUAAAAUAACCCACACUUUUCAGUUGUUAUUUUUAUAUGAUCUUAUUACCAUUCCUUCAAGAUAUUCUAUCACAGUCACACAUAAACACAGUGCAUUUCAGAAGCUUAUUGAAAAUUCUUUAAGUUCGCAUUCAGAAAGAAGAUUUUGCAGCUGUUUAAUGAAUCGGUUGACUUAUUUUUAUACCGUUUGAUUCUUUUUCCAUUGGUUUACGAAUAAGAAGAAAGUAACCAGAAUUGUUUUGUACUUCAAAUGCACCUGUCUUGUCAUGGUAUAGAAUUACUUCAUCAUUUUUUAAAGCCAUUGCGCGUACAAUGUCAAAUAAAGAUAAUCUAUUUCUG